AUAAAUUUUUCUAAAUAAAAUCGUAAUAUUUUGUUACUAAAAGUAAAAUUAUCGAAAAACACAAAAUAUAUAAAUGACCCCUAAGGGCAGGACAAAAAUUUAAAGGUAAACUGCCAAAAAAAGAAGAUUAUGCUAAAUAAAUUACAAAUCAAAUCCAAAUUCGAGGAUAUGUUCCAAAGGAAUCGCGGGUCUAGAAAAUUGGUAUUGUUCGUUGUUUUUAUGGCUAUUCUUUUGGACAAUAUUUUGCUAACAAUCAUAGUUCCAAUAAUUCCAGACUAUUUAUAUCAACAAAAACUAAACAAGUAUCUUGCAAUACAAAAUGACCCUUCGAAUAUUUCUGAAACAAUGCUUAUUCAUACAAAUAAACAGGAUUAUACUCUAAAAAAAAACGGUGAUAAAGAUUUAGAUUAUUUAUUUGAUAGAUUGCAGUAUUACGAUUUAAUGAGCGAAUUGGGGAAAAAUUAUUCCGCAACAAGUAUUUCGCCAAAAUUGAAUAUGACUCUUUACAGGCACGUGACUUUAGUGGAACAAAAUGUUAAGGUGGGAAUCAUGUUUGCCUCGAAAGCCGUAGUACAACUGAUAACGAACCCGUUCGUUGGUUCGUUGACACAAAGGAUCGGCUACGAGUUUCCCAUGUUUUGCGGCUUCCUCAUCAUGUUCCUAUCGACACUAACCUUUGCCUAUGGGAAAUCGUUUUAUUUAUUGUUAGUCGCUCGCGCCGUUCAAGGGAUAGGAUCCUCUUUGUCUAGUGUUUCAGGAAUGUCUAUGAUAGCGGACUACUAUCCUGAUAACAAAGAAAGGGGAAGUGCUAUGGGAAUAGCAUUAAGUGGAUUAGCUUUGGGUGUUUUGAUUGGCCCACCAUUUGGAGGAUUUAUGUAUCAAUUUUUUGGAAAAGAAAUACCUUUCUUGAUCUUGGCGCUUUUCGCUUUAGGAAACGGAGUCUUACAGUUAUUCGUUUUACAACCAAGGAUCACGAAAUCGGACAUACAAGGGGUUUCAAUUAUAGAUCUAAUAAAGGAUCCACUCAUUUUAAUAGCCGCAGGUUCCAUUACCUUAAGUAAUAUGGGCAUUGCUAUGCUAGAACCUUCCAUGCCGAUAUGGAUGAUGGAUACUAUGAAUUCAGCUAAAUGGGAAUUAGGCAUAGCCUUCUUGCCAGCCAGCAUAUCUUACUUAAUUGGGACUAGUAGUUUCGGAGCAUUGGGCAAUAAAUUUGGAAGGUGGUUUUGUGCUAUGGCAGGAAUGAUUCUUAUAGGGAUAUGUCUCACGUUGAUCCCCAGGGCUCGCGAUUUGAAAGGAUUGAUAUUACCGAACGCAGGAUUAGGCUUUUCAAUAGGCAUGGUAGAUUCUUCAAUGAUGCCAACUAUGGGAAAUUUAGUUGAUGUAAGGCAUGUAGCUGUUUAUGGAAAUAUAUAUGCUAUAGCAGAUGUCGCGUUUUGUUUAGGAUACUCGUUAGGUCCUUCCAUGAGUGGUUCCCUCGUUAAAGCGAUUCAUUUUUCAGGUAUGCUGUACUCGAUAGCAAUAAUUACGUUCUUGUUCGCGCCGAUAUUAAUUUUCUUGCGUAAAUUCGAAACUCAACAUAACCAGAGAGAGUCUAUGGUAGAUGGCGUUGAAACAAACAUUAGAUUUGACCAACUCACAGAAGAACACAAUUUUUAAAUAUUAUAUAUUUACAAAUGCAUAUUAUAUUUUUACAUUUAUUGUGAUAAAACUAUGUAGUCCGACAACAAUAUAUUUAAUUUAAAAAAAAUAAUAUUUACCCAUUUAUGGCAAUAUAAAAUAAUAUUUUACAAAUACAAAA